AUGUGCUCUGCUUGGCAAAGCAGAUACCCGCUGUUCGUGCCAAACGAGAGCAGUUCAGAAAUCUCAGGAGAGCACGUGCAGCUUUCAGAUUCAGGGAUAAGCACCGAGCCAUUGCUUCAGUGUACUGAGAGCCCCACAAAAAAACUUUCCAGACAAGAUGCUCAAGAAGAGAACAGAAAAGAAAACAAAGAUAACAGUCAAUUAAAAGAAAGGAGUUUCCCUGAAACUUUUUCUUCUGUCAAAGAAGAACAAAGAGAACAAGUAAAGGAGGAGAUUCCUCCAUCUCCCUUUGGCACAGAGGGGAAGAUGAAGACUGGAAACAUAGAAGACAGGCCAAUCACACCAGCAAUUGGUAUUAGACAGAAGACUUCUGAAGAAUUUGUUGAAGAACAACUUAAAGUAGACAAUCAUCUCAUAAAAAAACAGCAGAAGGAGCAGCAGAGCAAGGCAAAAGUAACACCUUGGAAGGGUUUUCUGAAACGAAAAGAAGGUAUGGCAAGGCUCAAAAAAAAUAAACAGAAGCCUUUAAAAGAAGACAGCAAGCAUUCCAGAAGAGCUGGUUUGGACUGCUGGGGUCAUUUCUCCCAGCCUGGCCAAGUGGAUGCAGGCAUACUGCAGCCAGGGGAACGCUCUCAGUUAAAUCUGCAGGUCAGUAGCUCCAUGCAGGUUGGUACACAUGAAAAAAAAGCAGGUUGUGCUUUAGGUGAGUGGGAAAUAAAGGCUCAGACUGACUGUGAAGCAAAAGUAGUUGAGCAAAGUGCAGAAGAAAAAGAAGUGAUUGGGAGAGAUGAAGAUGCAAAGGAAAAUCCUGUUGACUCACCACAGAGAAGGUGGCCUGAAAUCCUGCAACCAUGUCCUGAAACAGUAACAGAAAUGAACCUAGAAGUAGGUGAGGAAAGGGAAACUCAUCAUAUGGAUUCUCUAGGGCAAGCACACAGAACUGAUGAAAGACCUGUGGAGGGUACCCUGCAAAAGGACCUAGGUAGGGUGGAUCAGCCUCUGAAGGGUCAUCUCACACAGGGAGCAAAAACUCCCUUGGUCCUGCAAAAGCAUUCUCCACUUCAGGAUUUAGAAACAGAUUGCAUCAAGGAGGCAGAGUGGAGUGCAGGCCCUGCAUUCACGCAGGAUCAAAAGUGGGUUCAGGUGUGCCCACAGGAAUUUGUUUUGGGGAGCCAGACCUCAGAAAGCAGAAGACAAAUCCAUACCGGGUUUAAGAUGGUCAAUGAUAAGAUAGUAAAAAUUACACGUAGCUCAUCUGAGGCUGUGGAGAAGGGAAGCUCAUCCUCAGCCUUGCAGGAGGAGUGGCAAAGGAAGGGGACAGCUGCCUCGACGUGGCAUGUUGCAUCUUUGUCCUGCGAGUCAAGCUGCUUAUCCUCCAACAGUGACGAUGACCCCAAAUCUCACCAUGCUCAGUAUCCUUCCCUGCACGGGCCUCAGGGAGUAGAUCAUACUGAUGGACAUUUGGAUCUCUCUGACGGUGAUUAUGCUAGCGAUGAGCCCAGUGGAACUGAAAAAAUGUCUGUUAAAAAGUACAGCAGAUCACCCCCAAGGAAACAAGAUAUUCAAGCGAUCUCAGGACAACAAGGUCUCUCCUGCAGCACAAGCAGCAGUGAUUCCAGUACUGGGGCUGUCAGGCUGAAAGGGAGCAAGGCUCACUCUUCUCUUCAGCAGUCCCUAUUUCAUCUCACAAGAUCGAAAAGGAGAGAGCAUGAACCUGAAUCAAAGAAUGAGGAUAGGGCCAGGGAUGUUAAAAGCCUACAUCUGCCAUCCUCAACAGUGGCUGGUGAGAUUCCUGCUUUCAAGAUCAAAGAAACCCCUGCAGCAGAGGAACCACAGAAAAAACUGUUUACAGACACAUUAGAUGUCUUUAUAGAAGAAACCCAGACCAUUCUUACCAGAGGAUUAGAGACUGGCAUACAUCGCAGAGGAACCCCUUCACUGACUAGGGAGGAAGAAGAACAAAAGAAAGCAAUGCAUUUUCGCAGAACACAAAUGGACCAGCUCAAGACUGUCGGGAGCCAGGAGCUGACUCACCCUUUGGAAUACAGUAGAGACCAAAUUCACCCACUGCAGAAAGUAAAAAUUGCCCAUAGCAAGUUCAAAGGAACAGCUAGAGUCACUGGAGAAAAUGUGAAAUCAGAAGAAAUACAAAUAUUAAAACAGCAGAUUGCUGGACUGCAGGAGGAGUUCAAGAGAAAUGAGUCCUGCUGGCAUGCUGCCUACAGCAAGCUGAGAGACCAGGUUGAGAUGCUGACCAGGCAGAACAUGGAGUUUCGAGAUGAGCUCAGAGUUUCAGAACAUCAGAGACGGAAAGCAGAAAAACCCCCAGAAGCUGUGGAUAUCAUGGACAGAAAAUCAGAGACCCCGGUUGCAGAAGCUAUUCUGCGAGAGACAGCAUCUUCAUCCAAACAAGAAGAAAGAUCACGGAGAGAUAAUCACAAGAGCCACAGCAUCUCUCAUGUGGGCCCGAAGACAUCUUUGCAAAAACACUUCUUUAGAGAUGCGAGUAGCAAAGCAAUAAAAAGCUCUGUGCAAAGGGCUGAUCCUUUGAGAUCGGUGACAAAGGAACAUCAAGAAAGGAAACCAUCUAACUGCUCCCUUGGCAGAAGCAUAACACCAACUGGCAGGAAGACACCUCACCAUGGAAGACUGACACCUUUUGAACCAGAAAAAAUUGUACAUCAACCCUCUCCUACUGGGAGAAGAACAGAUGAUAGGAAAUCACCUGGAGCUGUCUUGCAUCUGAGUGGUGGUUUUAAGGAGCCUAAGUCAUCUUCCUAUGUAAAAGGCAGGUCUUUGCCCAUUUCAGGUAGCUCAGAAGAUGUGCCCCUCUCACACAACCACGCCAACAACACUUGCAGCUUUGCACUCUGCAGUAACAAUGAAGAAACAGAGGAAGAAGAGACUCUUAAUCUUAGAAAGACAGAAAAAUUGCUAAAACCUCAGAAUAAAGUGGCUUUUGUGACCACACACAGGAGAAGCGACAUAACUGUAUAUGACAACAAAGUAUCUACAGACAGUUCUCCUGCUUUUCUGGAUGCUGAAGCAAAUCCUCCAAAAUCAAUAUUAUCUAGAAGGUCAAUGUUACAUCGAGAAAGAAGAAAAAGUGAGGAAGAGGUGCAGGAAAAAAUAGAGUAUCGUGACGGAAAGGUAGAAGAGGUGCUUACUGAUGGACGUCGAAUCAUCACUUUCCGCAAUGGUACUAAAAAAGAGAUCAGUGCUGAUAAAAGGAUGACAACGAUUAGCUUUUUCAAUGGAGAUGUAAAGAAGAUCAUGCCAGAUCAGAGUGUGAUUUAUUAUUAUGCAGAUGCACAGACAACCCACACUGCUUAUCCAGAUGGCCUGCAGGUGCUGCAGUUCCCUAAUAAUCAGAUAGAAAAACAUUAUCCUGAUGGCACACAAGAAACUGUGUUCCCAGAUCAGACAGUGAAAUGCCUCUAUAGUGAUGGAUUCAAGGAAACUUUUUUCCCAGAUGGUACAGUAGUAAAAGUAAAAAAGAAUGGAGAUAAAAUAGUGGUAUUCAGUGAUGGCCAAAAGGAGAUUCAGACUGUGCAGUUCAAGAGGCGGGAGUACCCAGAUGGCACUGUAAAAACUGUGUACUGCAAUGGCAGACAGGAAACCAAAUACUCCACUGGACGAGUUCGAAUCAAAGAUGAGGAGGGUAAUAUCAUCCUAGAUAAGAAGUGA